AUGAUCCAAUCCUCACUUUCAGAGUUCUUUGACGCCCCCACCCUUUUUUACCCAGAGGCUGAAAAAGAUAAAAUAGUAAUUCGCUAUUCCGGCGAAAAAUACUUGACCGACAUCCCAACACUGGAUGAUAUAGUUGCAGGGAACGAUGAGGGAUUAACCUCAAACCUCAAUGAUGCUCUAUCCAGUUGCGAAAAAAUUCCAUUCAUGGCUAUUGAUAGUGAAGGGUCAACAGAAAAGAUAAAAGGAAUGUACCGCUAUGUAUUGCGUCUUUAUGGUCGCCUUAUUAAUGGUCAAAAGGCACUGGUAACUCUUAUAGGAAUUCAGGUUUUCUUUGACAUUCUCGUACCAGACAGAGAGACUCCAGAUGAAUCUCUCUUACGGGAUCGUACUCUUGUCCUUACAUGGGAUAUAGAAACGCAAUCACAAGAGUUGGGUGAAUUUGCCGAAGUCCUUAAUCUGAAACAAAAUGUCUUUAUGAUUUGCAUGACACUGCAUUGGAAAGAUGAUCCAAAACCGAUAAAGCAAAUAUGUCUUGUAGACAUUGAGACAGAACCAGAUCCACGCUGGACCACAAUCGUAUGUGGAAACCAAGAAAAUCUGCUAAAGGCAUUCGCUCUCUGCUGGCGAGCAUUUGCCCCUGACAUCCAAGUUGGGUUUAACGAUUCAGACUACGAUUGGCGGUUCAUUAUGGAAAGAGCCUUUCAUCUCAACAUUCUCGAAUGGAUGUGGGAGCGGAUGACAGGAAGCUUUAAAUCGUCUGAAGAAAUAAUAAAGUGGAAUUAUCGUGGAAAGAUAGGAGCGAAAUCUGAAAAUACUUUUAAGAAGAAAGAAAAGAAAAAGAAUAAUGAGAACACAGAUAGUGAAAAUUCUUUCCACAUUCUUGAGAACGGAGAGGAGGAUACGGAAGUCAAAGAAUUUCUGGGCAGUCCGAUUAAGAUCAAAAUUUCUGCGAAAGAUAAUUUCUUUUCCAGCUUCCUUAAACUGCCAGGAUGUGUACCAAUUGACGUUAGAGUUUCUCUCAAAAAGCGUUAUCCUCGUUCUGAAGUCGAAAAGGAAGGCUCACUUAAAUUCUUCUUACAAAAAUGCGGUCUUGACGCUAAAGCUGACAUGCCAUACGAUAAAUUGUGGAAAACAUAUUCAGAGGCGAAAAGGGACCCGUCCCCAUCAACUGCAAGGAAAAUGCGGGAAGUAGCAUAUUACUGUAUUAUAGAUGCACUGCGUUGCCAGGAGCUUUUGGUAAAGCUAAGUCAAAUAAAUGAAUACAGAGAAGUCGCUUCUAUAGCUUAUGUAUCUUUAUUCGACACACACUAUCGCGCAAAUGGAAUGAAGGUACGAAACAUUCUAGGCGCUUAUGCUUUUAAACGUGAUAUGAUAUUUAAAGCAAGGAUUCCUGAAAAGGUGGAAAAGGGUAAGUAUCCCGGUGCAAAUGUUUUUCCACCUAAAAAAGGUAUCGAGACGAAAAGGCCAGUAACGGGAUUAGAUUUUAAAUCUUUAUAUCCAAGCCUUAUUAUGGCCUAUAACCUCUCUCCAGAAAAAUUUAUAUUUAAUCCAGAGGAGGCUGUCAUUAUAAAAAAGAAUGGGAACAGUUUACACGAGAUUAGCUUUCCAUUCAAUAAGCGCACUAUUCAAGCUUGGUGCGUAAGACAUGAUAAUCGAUCUGAGAAGAAAGGUUUAUACCCGGCCGUAUUAGAGGAAUUAUCUGCGAUGAGACAAGAACUUAAAGCGCAACUUGCCUCAUUAGGAAAGAAGAAGGAUCAACUUGGAAAGAUAAUAAGUUCGGUGAAAGAAAAGGGUAAAAGAAUUCCUGAGAAGUUAGAUUUAGAAUAUAAAUCUCUUUGCUUCGAAUAUGACUGCUUGAAUUCAAAGCAGAAAGCUGUCAAGCUAUUUAUGAAUACCUUUUAUGGAGAGGCUGGAAACCCAUUAUCUUCAAUCUUUCUCCGUGCAUUGGCCGGAGGAACCACUUCCGCUGGUAAAUACAAUAUCAAAAUUGUUGCAGAAUACGUGGAAAAGAAAGGCUUUGGAAUCAAAUAUGGGGAUACUGAUUCUUUGUAUCUUACCUGUCCAGAUAAGUAUUUUGAAAAAUGCGAUGAAGCCUUCUCUAGAAAAGAACUAUCCAAAGAAGCGAUAAAAAGUGGGACCUCUUAUCUAAAGAUGGCUUACGAAGAGGUAUUAUUUCCUGUCUGCUUUACUGGCAAAAAGAAGUACUUUGGAGUCGGGCAUGAAGUUGUAGUAAACUUUAAGCUGAAAAACCUUUUCAUGAAAGGGAUAGAAACUGUAAAGCAAGGUAAAUCCCAGCUUCUCAAAUUCAUCGGAGAGAAAAUUAUGAGAGAGGGUAUGGAUAUUAAUAAUACACGCUCAAUUCACGAUAUUGUUGAAGAUACUCUUAGAGAAGCCCAGAACAAGGAAUGGGAUUUCAAUGAUUUUAUCGUAAUGGGUACAUGGAAGCCUAAGAAAAAUAAUCUCUGCAACAAUCGCUUUAUGAAACGUAUGAGAGAGAGAAAUGAGAGGAUUCCUGAUCCCGGCGAACGCUUUAGCUAUGUUGUUGUGAAGGGUUCCCGCCUUCGUAGUGAGGAAGGCCGGUUAAUACCAUAUAGAGUUGGGGAUUAUAUGGAGUAUGCGGGUAUAGCAAAAGAGAAAAAGAUGGAAAUAGAUAUCAAUUAUUAUUUAGGCACUACGGUUGGAAUGUGCGCACGCUUUAUCAAUGAGGAUGAUAGAUACCAACCACCACCUUCACAUAAAAUUAUGCAACUUAAAUAUUCAGAUGAAAAGGAAAAGCAGACCAACAAAUAUUCCCAGGAUGAGGCAACAAAAUGGCUUAAAAAAUAUAUAAAAGGCUUACAAUGA